AUGCCGGACUCUAUCCGCCGAUGUUCCAACCCAACCACCGUCCGGGCCUGCGUCAACUGCCAGAAGCGCAAAAGCCGAUGCAUGAGAGGCAGCGCAGCCAACGACCCAUGUUCAUACUGCGCCAAAACGGGCAAGACGUGCAGCUUUGAGAAGCCCCCUGAUCGGACGCCUCUGACCCGGAAGAACCUCGACGCCGCCGAGCUUAAGUGCAAGCAGCUCCAGGGUCUCAUCAAGUCACUGAACCCGGAGCUCGACGUCAACUCAGCCUUUGAAGAGACACAGGUUCAGCAGGACUCAGUAGGGCAUGAAGAUGAUGGCGGCGGCGGCUCGUUACAUUCUCCGCCGGGGGACUCGGAUGAAGUCACCCCCCACAGCUAUGAAUGGCACGAGGGAUCGCUGUCGCCAGAAUUCAAAUCUUCAACCCAUGAGAAUGACGGAAUGGCCAUGCUGCCAACCCACGACUCUGGUUACUUAGAUACCCGCAUUCCUCGAAAUAUCGACGAUAAGGAACUACCACUUAAGGCACCGGUACCAUCACCAGUCGAUUACCCGACGACCUACUCAGCAAUUAUCGCUCAAGCAAAGCUAGCCAAGAUUGCUGAUGCUGUGUAUCAUGAGUUUCUACUAGCAAAGACCGCCGGGACAAAGGUCGAAUACAGAGUCGCCGAAACAAUGGAUCGAGACCUGAAUUGCUGGCACCAAGCUUUGCCUGCAUAUUUCACCCAGACCGACUGCCCAUCGUGGUUCCGGGCGCCUCGAGCGGUCGUGCUCUGGAAAGAGCAGAACCUUCGCAUUCUUCUCUGGCGAGGCAGUCAGCAACACCACAGCUACCUGCCCACCAAAGUGAAUGCGGAAAAGAAGUGCCUGAACGUCGCUAUGCAAAGCGUCCAUGAUAUUGCUACUUUCUGCAUGGCCAAUGAAAUCUCUCUACACCAGGGAAUCGUGUGGUACGCGACGUACUUUCUGUUCCAGGCAACACUAGUCCUGGAAGCAAACUAUCUCACCAAAGCCACUUCCACGGACCAAACCGACAGGCUUGCAUGGCAGCACUCAGUCUCCAAAUCGCGCGCCUGCUUAAAGACCUUGGCGCAGAAGAGCAGAUCGGCGAAACGAUGUCUGGAUAUGCUCGAUCGCAUCCACAGCCAGUUCGAGUUUCUACCUCAGUUGGAUUUGGGAUUGGAUCAAGCCUACUUCCAACCCGUGGUUCCUGAGAUGGUAGAUGAGGCUGAAGCGAGAACGACGGCAUCCCACUUUGUCGCGCCGUCCCAGAACUUUGCUGAUCUGCCGAGUGAGAAUGACUUUGCUCUCUACAGUGAAAGUCAACCGGCUUUUGACGACGAUGCUGCGGACCCAAGUCUGCGGAUGCUGCUCAACGAGUCUUCCAUAGACUUCAUGGAAAGCAUGCCGCUCGACCUACUACUUGGGGAUUGGACAUCUUGA